AUGUCUGGCCCUGAUGACAUCGAUCUUCCCAGUCUAUAUGGCUCGAGUUCAUAUGGACUUGGUGAGCAGCCGCACAGUCGCCGAUCACUCAGGACAUUCGGGCACCUCCAUCGCAAAUCUGCCUCUGCGGCUUACAAUCCAAUCUUGACCCCUCAGGAGGAAUAUGGGAACCGAGCAUUACCGGCUCGAGAUAAGCAAGCGCCGCCAUCUACAACGUUGGGCCCUGGCAGGAUAGGGAAAUUCGGAGCGGACUUGGUCUUGGAGAUUAUUGUCUGCGCCUUCGCUGUCCUCGUCGCUGUGCCCUUCUUGUGGUUGGCGAUCACAAUGGCCAAGUUCGAUCACGACGAGGUCACCGACUCCAAAACUGACUUCAUCAAGCAGGCCACAAGCACGGCUUCUACCCUUUUCACCAUCCUCUUCGCCGCCGUAUUAGGCUCCAGUCUCAAACGGUUUGCCACAUGGCGCCUCGAGAGAGGGAUUCGACUGGGUCUCUUGGAACAGAUCAUGCAAAGUCGAACGGUUUUCCAAGCCGUGACCACUCAACUCUCGUUUCGAGCCUUCAAUCUCACAGCCUUGAUUCUCUUGAUAAGCUGGACAUUUUCGCCUCUAGGCUCUCAAGCCUCACUUCGACUAAUCUCCACUGGCACCGAGCUCACCACGGAUACUGGUCUGGUCAGCUACGUUGACACCAUCACCAAUCAGGUGUUUGAUUCAGUUUCCGGAGUUGAUUCACUUCUGACGGCGCUCAAACCGACAUAUGUCAGCUCCGUCCUUGGACCUAAUAGCACCAAAUCUGGAACCAUGGAUCUUUGGGGCGCUGUCAGGAUCCCGUGGCUGGUGGAAAAUGCAGAAAAAGAUGCUGAUGGAUGGACAAAUUUGUCCAAGUCAAAUCUAACGGAAGGUUCGUACACCUCGUUGGUGGGUGUGCCUGUCGCAUCCCUGGCGAAUCGCAACGCCAGUUUCGUGAUCGAAACAACUUAUAUGAACCUGGAUUGCGAUAAGCCCCAAAAUGAGUCCCUGGUCGACAUCAAUUUCAAUGUCACGUCGGGAAAUGGGACAUUCCUUGGCCCCAACACCACGAGUCCAGACGACAGUGCCAUCUAUCCAUCCUGGCAGGUCGCCAUGAACCAAUUCGUGAGCAACAGUCUAUACUUUUACGGCUACCCGGAACUGUUGGUCAAUGUUUCAGAUGCCGAUAUCCCGCAGGCGACCUUUCUUUUCCAAACUCGAGGCCCCUGGGUCGCGCGCUGCCAAAUCAACCAGAUCUAUGUCGAAUCAAAUGUGACGUGUGAAGCGGUAACUGAUUCUCAAAUUCCAGUGUGCUCGGUUUCAGCGCAGCGCAAGUCUCCAAAGCGGCAUGCUCCGUCAACUGUCACCACCCUCAGUUUCCCGAGUACUUUCGAUUACAUGACAUCGGAAUGGAUUCUGGCGACCGAUCCGCUGUUGAGUUCUGGGUACUCCUCUUUGAGUGAGUACUAUCUGCAAAAUACGACAGCCGCGUUCAUCUUGAGUGGAAAUGACCGCGAGUAUGCAGACUAUGGUAAUGUGACGGCUCAACAGUUCUCCCAACGUCUCGGGCAGCUUCUCAACACCUGGGUGCUUGCGGGUCAAGUAUCCGCUAAUGCGAUGGAAUAUUCUUUAAGCCACCGCAAUAGCACGGCGACGUACACCGUUGCACAUGCCGUCUAUCUCUGCUCAUGGACAUGGUUGGGCGUGUAUUGUGCUUCUAUCGCCGUUAUGUUGACCGCCGGAGCCUUUAGUAUCUGGUGCGCUUUCCAUACGACCGUACCGGACGUAUUGAGUUAUUGUUCGUCGUUGACUCGGGAUUCCAAAUUCUUCGAAUUUGCAAAGGGAGGCAGUACCUUGGAUGGUCUUCACAGAGCCAAAACGCUCCGGAAUGUUCAGGUCAAAUUUGGCGAGGUUGUUGACCCCUCUGAUGAUGGGUUCCGCAAUGACUUUGUCAAUGAGAUUGGCUCGAGGCCUAACGACGGAAUGGGAUGUUUGGCCAUAGCACCUCCGGAGUACGUACGGGCGCCCAAAAGGGGCUUGUUGUAUGCUUAG